UCCGACGGCGUCCCGGCACGGGUUCAGCCAUGAGCCGGGCGCUCUGGAGGCUCCUCCUCGCCUGCAUGCUGGUAGCUCGGGUGAGAGGGACGCAGCAGUCCCAGGAGCCGUCCUCCCCUGCGGGGUUUCAGGAGUGCAAGAAGGCCCUAAAGCUCCCGAGCCUGGAAGUCCUGCCUGGCGGGGGUUGGGAUAACCUCAGGAACUUGGACAUGGGCAGAGUCAUGAACCUGGGCUACACGCUGUGCAAGACCACGGAAGACGGGUCCUACAUCAUCCCGGAUGAGGUCUUCACCAUCCCUCGCAAGCAGAGCAACCUGGACAUCAAUUCAGAGAUCAUCGAGUCCUGGAAGGAUUACCAAAGCGUCACGUCUGCCUCCAUCAACAUGGAGCUGUCCCUCUUCUCCUCUAUCAACGGCAAGUUCUCCCACGACUUCCACCGGACCAAGACCCACCAAGUCAAGGACCAGGCGGUCACCACUCGAGUCCAGGUCAGGAACCUGGUCUACACUGCCAAAAUCGACCCGGGAGCAGCCCUGGACAAGAGCUUCAAGAAGCAGCUGCUGACGAUUGCCAGCCACCUGGAGAACAACCAGACGCGGAUGGCCGACUUCCUGGCGGAGGUGCUGGUGCUCAACUACGGCACCCACGUCAUCACCUCUGCGGAUGCCGGCGCCACCUUGGUCCAGGAGGACCAGAUCAAGGCGACCUUCCUGAAGGACAGCUGGGCCACGCGCAGCGCGGUUACCGCCGCGGCCGGCGCGGCCUUCCACGGCAUCAUCAAUGCGAAAACCGAGGGGUCCGUGGACGUCAGCUCUGCCUUCACCAGGCAGUACCUGGAGAACCGCACCAACUCCCGGGUGGAGAGCAUCGGCGGGACCCCCUUUUACCCGGGCAUCACCCUCAAGACGUGGCAGGAGGGCACCAGCAACCAGCUGGUGGCCAUCGACCGCUCGGGGCUGCCCCUGUACUUCUUCAUCAGCCCCGGCGCCCUGCCGGAGCUGCCCCCGCCCACGGGGAGGAAGCUGACUUCAGCCUUUCGCUUCCCCUCCCGGAGCUCGUGGCCACCACCACGGCCAACCUAA